UGAGUCCCUCCUCCCGGAUCCCCCCAUUGGAUCAGUGGCUCCUGCAGCCCUGCCAGUGAGAAACAAAUGAGAAGCGCUGCUGAUUUUCCCCCUUGGCCAUUCAGAAUUUUCUCACAUAAAUACUGAGGAAGACUCUGCCCUCUCCUCAUUUCUCUGGGCUUGGCCCUGAGCUGGACCUGGUCCACAGGGGUAGGCAGGGUGAUGGGGAACCUGUUUGUGCUCUGGGCAGCUGUGGGCAUAUGCUGUGCCACAUUCAGAGCCUCUGCCUGGUAAGUCUUCCUACCCUCAUUCCAAGCCCCCACUGCCUCAUCCCCAUUCACCUCUGCCUCACUUUUUCUCUUUUUGGUAGGUCAGUGAACAAUUUCCUGAUAACAGGUCCGAAGGCUUAUCUGACCUACACAACUAGCGUGGCCUUGGGUGCCCAGAGUGGCAUCGAGGAGUGCAAGUUCCAGUUUGCCUGGGAACGCUGGAACUGCCCUGAAAACGCUCUCCAGCUCUCCACCCACAACAGGCUGAGAAGUGCCACCAGAGAGACUUCCUUCAUACAUGCCAUCAGCUCUGCUGGAGUCAUGUACACCAUCACCAAGAACUGUAGCAUGGGUGACUUCGAAAACUGUGGCUGUGAUGAGUCAAGAAAUGGAAAAACAGGAGGCCAUGGCUGGAUCUGGGGAGGAUGCAGCGACAAUGUGGAAUUUGGGGAAAGGAUCUCCAAACUCUUUGUGGACAGUUUGGAGAAGGGGAAGGAUGCCAGAGCCCUGAUGAAUCUUCACAACAACAGGGCCGGCAGACUGGCAGUGAGAGCCGCCUUGAAAAGGACCUGCAAAUGUCAUGGCAUCUCAGGGAGCUGCAGUGUACAGACAUGCUGGCUGCAGCUAGCUGACUUCCGGGAGAUGGGAGACUACCUGAAGGCCAAGUAUGACCGAGCACUGAAAAUUGAAAUGGAUAAGCGGCAACUGAGAGCUGGGAACAGCGCCGAGAGCCACUGGGCACCCUCUGAGGCCUUCCUUCCUAGUGCAGAGACGGAACUGAUCUUUUUAGAGGAAUCGCCAGAUUACUGUACCCACAAUUCCAGCCUGGGCAUCUAUGGCACAGAGGGUCGCGAGUGCCUACAGAACAGCCACAACACAUCCAGGUGGGAGCGAUGUAGCUGUGGGAGCCUGUGCACUGAGUGUGGACUGCAGGUGGAAGAGAGGAGAACUGAGGUCAUAAGCAGCUGUAACUGCAAAUUCCAGUGGUGCUGUACGGUCAAGUGUGACCAGUGUAGGGAUAUGGUGAAGAAGUAUUACUGCACACGCUCCCCAGGUAAGGGGAGUGCCUGAUAAUACCCCACACACGUUCACUUGGUUGUGUCAGUGGAAGGGGACAUAGCUUCUCUCUCAGACAGAACAGAUUGGAAAGCAACUGGAAAAUCACAGUGUUGGUCUGUAGUCCUCAUAGUAUCUGCUAUCGGUGGUGAAAUGUAGGCCCAGGAUUCCACAGCAAAUUCCUGGCAGGGCUGAAAUGGGAACCUGGGCCUCCUGACUUUGGCAGACCCCCAUUUCAUCUUUCCUGCAAGCUACUUUCCCGUCUUUGCACCUGUACUUAUGCAGCUUACUACAGGGAAAGUUUGGUUUGGGGUCCCUAUCUAGAGGGACCUUCAAAGUAUUUGUUCCUUUAAAUUUCAGACUGUGUCCAACCCAGCAUGCUGCUGGGAAUCAGGAGAAUAAAAGCAAAAAGUGAGAGCUCUGUUCAGGCUCCUGAAGGAGUAGCCUGUGGCUAGCUCCAGACCAGCUACAAACAAAUCCAUGCUGACAAAUGAGGUAAAGACCACAUAUCUGCCUACCGGGAAGUUUUUAGAGUGUUAGAUUUUUCCCCCCACAUAUACACUUUUGAAAAGCUCUUUCUCCAACCUGAACAACACAGGAAGGCACCAUCUCUACACAAAAUUUAAAAAUUGUCCUGGCGUGGUGGCACUUGCCUGUAGUCCUAGAUACUUGGGAGGCUGAGAUGGGAGGAUCACUUGAGCCCAGGAGAUGGAGACUACAGUGAGGUGUGAUUGUGUCAUUACACUUCAGCCUGGGCAACAGAAUUGAGACCCUGUCUCAAA